GCUCCAACCACUGCUCCUGGGCCGAGUAGGACCACUGUCAGAAGGGCUCGCCCUCGGCCAGUAGAAUAUGAUUGGCAGGAAGUAAAUACACUGACACAAUUCCCCAAUGGCCUCCCUUCAGACAACCCACUGGGCCACAGACAGAUCUACCAGCUGAUGCCUCCCCGGAGAUGUUCUUCAGCGAGAUCUUCCCUACUGACGUGUGGGAUCUGUUGGUAGACGAAACCAACAAAUAUGCCCAGCA